UUGUUUGAGGAUUCAAGGUCAUUGUUAUAUUUAUGUACCAUGCAUGCAUUUUGAAGCAUUGUGAAAAAAAUCAAUGGGAAAAAUUAGCCGCUACAGCAUUGGCAUUAUGCUUCGCAAUAUUUACGUAAAAUAAAUGCUACCUGCACCGUUUUAUGCUUUUAACCUAGAAUCAAGACUGUUUUACGUCCAUAUCUAUAAAGAAUUCAGGCAUUUAAGCAUUUACUUCACAAGAAUUUUCAACGGAAAAAGCUCUUUGUUUACAUAUGGCGGCCGUUAAUUUCCUUACUGACUGGCCUCAUAGUUUGCAAUAUUUACGUAAAAUAAAUGCCACCUGCAUCGUUUUUUUUGCUUUUAACCAGACUGUUUUACGUCCAUAUCUAUAGAGAAUUCAGGGAUUUAAGCAUUUAUUCACAAGCAUUUUCAACGGAAAAAGCUCUUUGUUUACAUAUGGCGGGCGCUAAUUUCCUUACUCACUAGCCUCAUAGUUCGCAAUAUUUAUGUAAAAUAAAUGCUACCUGCACCGUUUUAUGCUUUUAACCUAGAAUCAAGACUGUUUUACGUCCAUAUCUAUAAAAAAAUCAGGGAUUUAAGCAUUUAUUCACAACAAUUUUCAAUGGAAAAUGCUCUUUAUUUACAUAUGGCGGCCGUUAAUUUCCUUACUGACUAGCCUCAUAGUUCGCAAUAUUUACGUAAAAUAAAUGCUACCUGCACCGUUUCUUUGCUUUUAACUACACUGUUUUAAGUCCAUAUUUAUAGAGGAUUCAGGGAUUUAAGCAUUUAUUCACAAGAAUUUUCAAUGGAAAAAGCUCUUUAUUUACAUAUGGCGGCCGCUAAUUUCCAUACUGACUAGCCUCAUAGUUCGCAAUAUUCAUGUAAAAUAAAUGCUACCUGCGCGUUUUUUUUUUUUUUUUUUUUUUUUUUUGCUUUUACCAUUUUUUUUUGCUUUUAACCAAGAAUCGAGACUGUUUUACAUCCAUAUCGAUAAAGAAUUCAGGGAUUUAAGCAUUUAUUCAAUACAUUAUGAAGUCUAUGGACCGUGGAUAAGAGUGAAGCCAUUUUGCGACAUCAGUUACACCCACACAUAUACUGUACACACUGAUAGACUUGAACACAGGUUCAUAAUGAGUAGAGGUGUGCGAAAUUUCCAAUUCUUAGAUUAUUCGCGAUUUGGCCGUGGAAGAUUCGAGAACAAUUCACAAACAUCCAAAUUCCAAUUAUGGAAAUAUGCCAAGUAAAGCGGAACUAAAACACAGUCAGCGCGGUCUUCAGGAUGCAAUGGGGAACGGACCGAGAGUAAACAUCAUGCUCAACUCACGCUCUGGCUCAACUCAUGCCGUUAGAUGAAAAAACAAUAGUAACAUUUUGGCUAAAAUAUGACUAGAAUUGAUAUAAUGUCUGCCCCCAUGUCAGGCAGCCACUGCCUGGAAAUAUUGGCUUUUAAUUACUUUUCUCUCAACUAUUACACAUCAGAAAAAUGUUUGUCCCCCCCCCCCCCCCCCAAAUUAUUAAACAAGCGCAUGGUAAAGGUGUCUGUCCCUUUAAUACCACAGUCCAUUCAGCUCUAAUCACACUUUCUAAGUCUGAUUGCCAACACUGGAAUUUUGCACUCUCAUUGGCCUAUUUGCUUUGCCAGAUGACUUUAAAAGGGCCUUGGUUUUUCACAGGCAGACUGAAAGAAGCAGCUUAGCUUUCUACAUACAGUGUUUGUUUAGUUAGAUUCAGACUUGACUUUCUGCCAGGUCUGACCACAAAAUUGGGCCUUGGAGGAUAAAGAAGCUUGUAGCCUAACAUGUUUAUAUGCUAUGUCUAGGUGGCACGCUUAAGUAGAGGUUUACAAAUACAAUUCUGCCCCAGCAGUGACCCUGUGUAAGUUUACAAUGGCUUUCAUCUGUUAAACAUUAACAGAGCUGAACCCUGAGGCUACUGUUAGCUCUGCCAAUGGCCAGACAAACACAACAGAAUUCAGUUUGUCACAACAAUCAAGAGCAAAUAAAGAUGACCACCAGAGAAAGUUGUACUUGAAUUUGUGUCAAACAUAGAUUUAAAAAAAACACAGUUUAAGCAUGGAAAAUGUAAUUGGGAAUCAAGCUUAAUUGCACACUAGAAGGUGCAAUCAUAAGCAGCAAUCAAUAGCAAGUUUUAAUAGUUUAAACAACAACAGUGAUAUAUUUAACGACAAGCAAACUUGGCUUGGUUUACAUUUUUGGAGAUGGUGAUCACAGCGAUGAGUCAGAAGAUUUGACAUGUUGAUAUGGCAGCCACAAACCUAAUCUUCUCUGUCAGCCUUGGUGGAGGUUGUAAUUCUUGUUUUGAAGGGCAAAAUAUGGCCACGUUUGCCAAAAAUUUUGCAGACCUUGGAAUUUUGUCUAUUUUGUCACUAUGUUUGAGUUUUGCUUGGUCAAGAUAAGUUUUUUUACAGUCAAUUCUGCGGCUGUUUAGUUGUAGAGGAUUGAAUACGUGACUCAAAACAUAUAGUAUUCAGUUGAAAAACAAAACAAACCAGUCAAAGCUGUAAUGACAGCAUGUGUACUAGACAUCUCCCGCAAGAAGAAAAAAAAAAAACAUUAAAUUGAUUUAUCACCUAGACAUAAUGUGUACUUAUAAUUUGGUCGUGAAUGUAUAUAAAUACCGUAUUUUUCGGACUACAAGUCGCUCCUGAGUAUAAGUCGAUCCAGCCAUAAAAUGCCCAACGAAGAGAAAAAAAACAUAUACAAGUCGCACCGGAGUAUAAGUCGAAUUUUGGGGGGAAAUUUACUUGAUAAAAUCCAACACAUAGAACAGACAUGUCAUCUUGAAAGGCAAUUUAAUAUAAAAAUACAACAGAGAACAACAUGCUAAAUAAAUAUACAGUGUACAGUGCAUGAACAACGAAAUGGGAAUAUACUGUCCUACGCUACAGCUCGGUCCUGGCUGUACAGCGAACUCCCAAAAGACAAUGCUGGACGUCCGUAUAAUUUGCUGAAUCAAUUUGGUCCUCGAUAGAAAACAGGUUCGCAUCAACGUAAAUAAAUGGUAAUUAGGUACUAUUAGUAAUAAGUAACAGGUUAGCAUGCGUUCGCUAUCAUUAACACAUCGUUCAAACAACCACACAACUGGCUCUAAGUGUCCGAUCGCGGGUGGAAAACACACAACAACAACAGAAAAGAUGAUACACGCAGGCGUUGCCUCUGCAGAGAUGAUUUUAAAGCAUAAACAAUGAAAGUAGGCUCGCAGCCGUCUAUUCUCUCUCGCUGUAACUCGCCCACUCACUGACUCACUCACUCAGAGCUACGUAGCUGUCCGUCUUCUUCUGGCGUGUGAGCACUCUUCUCCACGUAAACAAGCGCGAGUGCGCCCUCACGUGGGCAUGAAAGCGCCACAAACUUAAUGCAUCCAUUUCAAGAUAAAAAAGUCAAUAAUACAAUUGAACAUACACUGCCAAAGGCAGAACGCGAACGUGGCCAUAGCUAUAAAGAGUUAUUCAGAUAACUAUAGCAUAAGAACAUGCUAACAACUUUACAAAACCAUCAGUGUCACUGCAAAACACCAAAAUAACAUGUGAAAUUAUAUAAUAAUGUGUUAAUAAUUCCACACAUAAGUCGCUCCUGAGUAUAAGUCGCACCCCCAGCCAAAAUAUGAAAAAAAACGCGACUUAUAGUCCGAAAAAUACGGUACUCUUUAGGAUGCUUUUACUGACAAUACCGUGCAUACUGGCGCACAACUCCCCCUUAAGGCUGAUACCUGUUGACGACCAGCCCUGGUGUUGCCCCAUCCAUCACAAUAAAAUCGUUUUUGUGGAGCUCAGCUCUGGGACAAUUUAGGGUCCUUAAAGGACAUUUCCAGCCUGUUGUAAUGAAUAACACAUCAGCUUUGCAGAGGUUAGACAAGCCGCCAGAAAGGCCCUGUUUGUCACAUCCAUCAUUUGCUGCUCAGCCUCAAAUUGCCCCGCAAGCCCAAACCAUGUGGGGGACAGGUGACAUGGAAAUUAUGGGGGGUCGCCAUGUCUGACCAUAUGUAAAUUGUGUGGAUUCUGCUCACUUCUAGAACACUAAAGGGGAUUAAAACAAUGUUCACCCGUUAAUGGCAGAUGGGAUACAAUAUGGAUGAGGGGAUGGAAGUGGGGACGGGGUUGUGACAGGUUAUCUUGAUCCGUGGGCUUUGAGGGGUGCAACUCCCACGGGACACUUCUCCAUCAGCCCACCAUGCUUUUAUUACAGAUCUGAUUAAAUUCACCCACUAACUGUAAUAUAGCUGUUUUACAAACAUACACACACAUUCGAAUCCAUAUGGACACAAUCAUGACUAGUAGAAGCGAAGGCAAAGCCUUAUUAGAAUAAUUCAGGUAUCACAGAAAGUGUUAUCUACCUCUAUACAUACAGUUGUGUUCAAAAUUAUUCAAUCCCUAUCUUAGAUGUGUUUUUGAAAGUUUGACAUUUAUUUUUCAUCUUGUUGAUAAUCACAUCAAAUGAUGACAUGUCAAAUAGACAAAUACAGCUGAAAAAAAAAACAAAAUACUUUUGGAAUAUUCCAAUUUAUGGCCUUUCUGUGAUUACUUCUUUGACAAAAUUAUUCAACCCCUUAGGUACUGUAUGUAUAACUUUCGUACUUAGUAAAACAUCCUUUGCAACAAUAACAUCCUUUAGACGUGAAUAAUAACUUGACACAAGUUUCUUGCAGUGAUCCACAGGUAUAUUUGCCCAUUCCUCAUGGACAAAGGCCUUCAGUUCAUUAACAUUUUUAGGUUUGCGUGCUGCAACUGUCUUCUUCAAGUACCACCGGAGAUUUUCAAUGGGAUUUAAGUGUCGUGAUUGCGAUGGCCACUCCAGAAUCUUCCAGCACUUCUUUUGCAACCAAGAUGUCUUAGAUGUUGGUCCAACCUCACCCAAGCCUCAGCUUUAUCAAUGACGGCAUUACAUUUGCGUCCAAGGUCUCCUGGUAUUGAACUGAAUUCAUAAUACCUUGCACACGCUGAAGAUUCCCUGUACCCAAAGAAGCAAAAUAACCCCAGAGCAUGGCUAACCCCCCACCGUGCUUCACAGUAGAUAAGGUGUUCUUUUCUUUAUAGAUAUCAUUCUUUCUCCUCCACAAGGCCCAAAACUUCCAGUUUGGUCUCAUCACUCCAGAGAGCAGUAUCCCAAAACCUUUGUGAUUUGUCCACAUGGUUUUUGGCAUACUUCUUGUGCUUUGGAGUCGGCACGGGGGUGUGCCUGGGACUUCUUGCAUGGAAGCCAUCAUUUUGCAGUGUGCGUCCUAUUGUCUGGGAUGAAACCUGAAUACCUUCCUAUGAUAUGUCCUGUCAUAGUUCCUCAGCUAUCACUGGGGGAUUUUUCUCCACCUUUCGCUUCAGGUAUCGCACAGCAGUUGCAGACAGUAACCUCUUUCUGCCACGCCGAGGUAGCGUUUCCACUGUGGCUUUAGCUUUAAACUUGCGGACUAUGCUCCCAAUUGUGUCUCUUGAAAUUUUAAAAAGAAUUUUUUUAGUCCUUUUGUUAUCCUUUUAUAUCCAUAUCCUUGCUUAUGAAGUGAAAUUACGUCCUCUCUGAACUUUUUUGACCAUUCAUUGGACUUCAACUCAUUGUAAAGAUGUCAUUAACUGCCAAGAAGAGCCAUGUGUCACUGUCCUUUUAAAUCUGCUUAAUUGCUCCUCUUUAGGGUUCCGUUCACAUCUACAGAUGUUUUCAUCAGCUGUUUGACAACACCUGAUUAAAACCUUUGUUCUUAAGAGUGGUGGACUUGGGGGGGGUUUGAAACAUUUUGUCAAUCAGGUAAUCACAGAGAGGACAUUAAUUGGAAUAUUUCCCAAAAUAUUUUUGUUAUUUUAGUUGUAUUUGUCUAUUUGACAUGUCAUUAUUUAUUGUGAUUGUAAACAACAUGAAAAAUGAAUGUCAAGAUCGCCCUAGCCCUAGCUUGAACAUACAAUAUUUGUGGUCCUUUUAGUAUAUUCAAUUUAAUCUAGUUUGAAAAUGAUUUGCAGAUUAUUGUAUUCUGUUUUUAUUUGUAUUUUACACAGUGUCAGAACUUCAUUGGAGUGGAGAUUUGUCGUAUUAUGUUUUCUCCAAUUGUUUUCUGUACCAAUUUUCUGGUGACAUUUUGUGACUCAAAUGGUGUUGACGUCUCAUUCCUUCCAUUUCUUUGUUAUACACACAUUCAGUCAGAAAGCUGAAUAUUGAUUUACAGACACAGAAAAGUGCUGUUGCCAGCCACGCAAUACAUUGAGCAAGCUUAAUCAACGCUUAUUGAUUCCUCUUCUAUAGUGAUCGCUUUCUUCCACCCUGCAGUUUUGUGUUCAGCAUCAUGUUUCACGCUGUUGUUUUGUCACCAACACGAUAUGAUUCAAUCUCGCAGCCUUUAUCAGUGAGGCUGCAUCUGAUGUAGCAAUCAACACAAACACAUUCAAUCACGUUUUUAUCAAAGUGUCGUGUCCAGACGCGGUAACACCUGCUCAUUGCCAUGCGAACAUGCAGCUAUGGAGUGUUGUGGCAGCGAUUGGCUGUCGCAGUGGCCAGGCCAACUCCCGUAGCUCGUUGCUAAUGGCUACGGUGAACGAGGGGGGUGGCGGGUGUCGAUAAUGACAAUGUCACUCCUGGCCAACAGGCCCGCUAAAAAGAGGACGGGCCUAACACACAUACGCUCACUCACGCAUACAUGUGUUUCAGUGCACACUCUUACAUACACAAUCGUUUUUGCAGAAGCUAGAGCAGAGCAAUUUUCUUCCUACCAGGUGGUUGUCUGUUAUUAUAGCUGUCAAAAAGCAGGAAGGUGCAUUUGUGAUUUUCUUUUUUUGAAGAGCAGAUUUUCUCUUUCAGUCGGUGAACCGUAUUCUCAUUAUUUCCUUUAAAUAUUCAUUUUCAUUCCCGAAGGCAGUGAGGGCACACUUUUCUUACGCUUUUUGCUGCCUUUGUUGACACACAUACGGCAAUUCUCAUUAGAUUUUAUCAGAUUCAUCCCAUCUCUGAUACAUACUUGUAGAGGCUGCACUGUCCCCUUUUCAUUAAGUCUCAUCCAGUGUUUAAUGGGAACCAAUUACCAGACACUUAAUAUCCUUUUGCCAUUCAUCAGGUUUGUCAAAUUGCUUCAUAAACACACACCAAUUCAGAACAAGAAUAUGUGAUUUUUAGGGUAACUGCGGUUUUUUUUUUGUUGGUCCAUUAUUUAAUAUUUUUUGUGGGUCUGAGUUGAAAAUCAGUUGGAGUGAUUUCAAACAUAUUUGUGGGUGUUGAAUUUGCUAUUGGAAAUUAAUGGGGAUGGUUUGUCAAAUUUUGGUGCGAUUGUUUAUUUUUGGGUUUGCUCUGCUUUUGACUUGACUAGACUUAGCUAAAUACAUUUUGAAUUUUCAGUUUUGUUUUUGGGAAAAAAAACGCGUUUUGGGGCGAACCAUGACUUCUUAGCGGUCGUAGUCUUAAUUGGUCAAAGCAUGUGGGCUGAACUGCUAGUUUGGUGUAAAUUAAUAUUAAUUCACCUGCCAGUUGACAAAUCAAGACUGCUCCAUUUUCACUAUUCUUGUUGAUGAUCAGAGCAAACAGAGAUGAUGCAAAGCUGUGCAAAGUCAACAGCACAGCCUCGUCUCUUGUGUACUUGUUCAAACAUUUUUUAAUGGAUGCCAUGAGGCACAGUGUGCGGUUGUGGAGUUACAGAGAGGCAAGCAGUGUUUCUACCAUCUUUUAGGCUUGUAAAAGACUCAAAUAAGAUGACUGCAUACAUUAAGAAUGCCAAAAUACACCUAUUGGCUUCAACAUUAGGUAAGGCAUGUGCAUUCAGGCUAAGUAGGGGUCUCAUUUCUACCCGUGCAACGCAGGUGACCUUGUGUCUUGCGACCUUGACGACUUCAUCUGUGGCCUCUUGGCACCAACAGGCUCCUACUAUUUUCCGUGUGAAUGCGGCACGGUGCCCUCACCACUUCCACUUGGUCGCGUGUGGAUCUUUUUAACAACCUCACUGGAGCGGAAAACACUUGGAGAGUCACAGAUGAGGACACCGUGAAGCGAUACUACGCUAAAUUUGAAGAGAGGUUUUUCCAGACAUGUGAGAAGGAGCUGUUGAAAAUCAAUACAUUUUAUUCAGAAAAGCUUGCAGAAGCCCAAAGACGCUUUGCCACUCUGCAGAAUGAGCUGCAAUCUUCGCUGGACGCCCAGCGUGAGAGCAACGCUCCACCCGGCCUACGCAGACGCAAGACCGUAUUUCACCUGUCACAGGAGGAACGUUGCAAGCACCAUAACAUCAAGGAUCUUAAGCUAGCCUUUAGUGAGUUCUACCUGAGCCUCAUCCUGCUGCAGAACUACCAGAAUUUAAACUUCACUGGUUUCCGUAAGAUCCUGAAGAAACAUGACAAGAUCCUGGAUACCUCUCGUGGAGCGGACUGGCGCGUGGCUCACGUGGAGGUGGCGCCAUUCUACACCUGCAAGAAGAUCACGCAGCUCAUCACUGAGACGGAGACACUGGUGACCACCGAGUUGGAGGGAGGAGAUCGUCAGCGGGCCAUGAAGAGGUUACGAGUUCCUCCGCUGGGGGCCGCUCAGCCUGCUUUGGCCUGGACGACCUUCCGCGUGGGUCUUUACUGUGGCAUCUUCAUCAUCCUUGCCAUUGCUUUUGUCCUUACAGGUGCAGUGUUCUUCCGCUAUGAGAAUGUGUGGCCUCUAGUGCGGAUCUACAGAGGUGGUUUUCUCUUGAUCCAAUUUCUGUUCUUGCUGGGCAUCAACACAUACGGUUGGAGACAGGCGGGAGUCAACCAUGUGCUAAUCUUUGAGAUCAAUCCCCGCAACAACCUCUCACACCAGCACCUGUUUGAGAUCGCUGGGUUCCUCGGUGUGUUAUGGUGUCUCAGCAUCCUGUCGUGUCUCUACUCAGAGUACCUAUAUCUCCCCAUGCAAAUCAACCCCCUCGUCCUGUACGGUUUCAUGCUACUCUUUCUCAUCAACCCCUUCAAGACCUGCUACUACAAGUCACGCUUCUGGCUGCUCAAACUGCUGUUCCGAGUGUUCACGGCACCCUUUCACCGAGUGGAGUUUGCAGACUUCUGGCUGGCCGACCAACUCAACUCGCUGGUAGUGGUUCUGAUGGACCUGGAGUACCUCAUCUGCUUCUACAUCUUUGAGCUAAAGUGGGGCAACAGCAAGGGCUUGUUGCCUAAUAUAAAUGACCCUAGCACAACCUUCGUGUGCCACAGCUACUCGUACGGCCUACGUGCUAUCAUCCAAUGUCUGCCCGCCUGGCUGCGUUUCAUCCAAUGCCUCAGGCGUUACAGAGACACUAAGAGGGCCUUCCCCCACCUGGUGAAUGCUGGCAAAUAUUCCACCACCUUCUUCGUAGUCACCUUCGCCGCGCUCUACGCCACACACAGAGAGCAAGGCCACACCGACGCCGACAUGUUCUUCUACCUGCUGAUCGUCUUCUCCACCAUAAGCUCCUUGUACACACUGAUCUGGGAUUUGCGCAUGGACUGGGGUCUGUUUGACCGAGGAGCUGGAGAAAACACCUUCCUUCGAGAGGAGAUUGUUUACCCACAUAAGGCCUAUUACUACUGUGCCAUCUUAGAAGAUGUGAUCCUGCGUUUUGCCUGGACAAUUUCUCUCUCUCUAACCACCAUGACCAAGAUUCACUCAGUGGGCGACAUUGUGGCCACCGUGCUAGCUCCUCUCGAGGUCUUCAGACGUUUUGUGUGGAACUUCUUCCGCCUGGAGAACGAGCACCUGAACAACUGCGGUGAAUUCCGCGCCGUGCGAGACAUUUCAGUGGCACCGCUCAAUGCCGAUGAUCAGACGCUGUUGGAGCAGAUGAUGGACCAGGAGGACGGUGUCCGCAACCGCUCGGGCAAAAAGACCUGGAAGAGGUCUUACAGUCUCACACUGCGGCGCCCUCUGCUGUCCUCUCAAUCCAAAAAGGACACAAAAGUUCUAAUUGAAGAUACGGAUGAUGAAGCCUUCAGCUAGAUUUCAACAAGCAUCAGCGUGUCCAUGCACACACACACACGCACCAACACAGUCUUUGAAGUUUUAGUCUAAGUCUUCAGAAAAAAAUCGUCACUAAGCAAUGAAAACAAGGAAUUGUCAUCUUUUGUGGAUUUUUUUUGUUUGUUUUUUUGGGGGGAGGAGAAGGAAAACUAAUUAAGAAACCAAUGUAAAGAAUGUAUUUAGAAAUAUUUUGGUGGUGUAUUUAGAACUGUUCAACAUUUGUUGAUAUUAAAAAAAAAAAACGGGUUAUAAAGGCAUGUUCAGGUUUUUUUUUUUUUUUUUUUUUUUUUUUUUUUUUAAUUCCAGUG